CUCACCGAAGCAAGCCCAGCUCGACCUUUGCCUGGCGGACGUCGAUUGCGCAGUCCGGUCGUGGGCAUUGUUCGCAGUUCGCCAUCAAUGGCCUAGGCGGACCUUGUGGCAUAUGCAACAACCGCUUUGGCUCCCUCGCCGCCUCUUCCACCUUGUUGUUCGCCGGGUUCGGUAAGGUUCAGCACCAGAGUUCAUCCCGCAACCUAUCUGGAUAUUGUUUUACAGAUUGCAACUCUCUCGACGUUCAACCCCUUUGGCAUAGACCACAAGGCUCCUCGGCGGCCCAUAUUUAGAUACCGAGCCCAAUAUUUUUCCUUCAUUUUUUCUUCACCCAGCCCUUCUCGGCCGUUGGAAUUUCCAUGUUUCUCCUUCGUUUCCAUCCUCACAACUGACGAACGAGCCCCGGGCUGCUCCAAAUCAUCAUGACGUCUGCUCACUUCGCUAAUGCUCUUGAAGAGCCUGGGCAAAUCCGAGUUCCUCUCACUCCAUUUGGUUCUCAUCAGAAACUCCUUCAGCGAAUCCGUGCUGGUGCAGUUUCAGGACCUGACACCCGCAUCACCCUCGCCCUGGCCGUCCUGUCCCUUUUUACACUCAUCAUAUAUGCCGGCCGUAACAAGUUCGACAAGCUAUUGCCCCGUUGGUUGAAGCCCUUCGCCCAAGAGGAUGCUCCGCAACCUCGCAAGGGCAGGCGGUGGACCGCGUCGACCUUCUGUCUCGAAAUCAUCUCCUUCAUCGGACUCGCCCUAUCCAUUGUCUGCGUUAUUCUUAAUCCCGGUCGUCCGAUCUUCAUGCUUGAGACUGUUCCAUGGCUCGUGGCCACACUCAUCACCUCGGUUGAUCGCCCAACGAAGACUCCAAAACUCCUCCUGCUUCAAUAUCUGCUGCUUCUGUUCUCGAGCUUGGCCAUCUACGCGGUUCACUUCCUGGAUCCUAGAAUCGAAAUCUCGGGUUCCAUCCAUGCCUCCAGAGCCAUUCUCACUUCUCUCGCCAUCAUCAUAAUUGGAAACAUGCCUCUGCGGGACCCGUCGUGGGAUAUCUCGGACAUCGGAAGCCCACGCCUCCCGUCAUCCAGCCACCUUCGCAGCCCUGAAGACAACCUCACUCUCUUCCAAUUCUGGACCAUGUCUUGGGUCUAUCCUCUGGCAUUCGCGGCUAAGAACCGAGAGAUCACCGUCGAGGACGUGUGGCAGCUUCCCUUUGAGUUCCAGCACACCCGGUUGUACAUGGCCUUCCGCGAGCUUGAAGGCAAGCUUCUACCCUGCCUCAUCGAAGCCAAUGGGUUGGAUCUCUUUCUCGCGACCUCUCUCUCCAUAGUUGAAAAAGUUUCUGAGGUGUCUGGCAUCCGGUUGACGAGCAAGCUUUACAACGCCCUCGACAACGGCGAACCCUCCGAGGCCGCCCUGUGGUGUGUCGUGAUGCUGGGCAUCGAUUCCAUCCGCCAAGUCUCAAAGACCACGGCUGGAUGGUACGCUCGCAAGGCGUACGAGAGAUCUCGCGGAGAAACCUUCAUCGGACUGUUUGGAAAACUCCUGACCCGAGCCGUGCCUGGGUCCGAAAGCACAGAAAAGGAUCCCACUGCCGCCGAUGCCUAUCCUGACUCUCUGCAAUCUUCCAGCAAGUUUUCGAGGUUCUUUGCUCGGGUUUGUCGUCGCAAGAAGGCCAAGGUUUCUAGCAACGACGGUCAAGCCCAGUCCGCCUCCAACGCAAAAGUCGUCAACCUGGUCCGUGGGGAUACUUACGAAAUUUCCCAACGAUUCUGGGAAUUCUCCAAGGUCAUCUCUCAGCCCAUCAAGGUCAUCUUCACCGUGUACUACCUCAUCGACAUCAUGGGAUGGCCGUCGUGCAUCGGUUUUGGGCUGAUGGUCUUCUUUCUCUCUUUCAACUCCUUGCUUGUUCGCGAGUCCAUCAAGCUCGAGCGCGAGAGAGCGGCUCAUUCUGACAGGCGCGCCCAGGCGGUGUCGCACUUCGUUGAGGCUAGCCGACCCCUCAAGCUGAACGGCUGGACAUCGUCGUGGAGUAGCAGGAUCAUGAAGUUCCGAGACCUGGAGAUGGCCAAACGGCUUCAGAUUUCCCAUGUUGGUGCGGCAAUCUCCUCGGUCAACGUCCUUGGUGGCGCAACGUACCCUCUCGCUAGUAUCACCUUGUACACUCUCAUCCUUGGACAGGGUCUUCCCAACGACGUCAUCUGGCCAUCGCUGCAGCUCUUUGGUCACUUGGAGUCCAGUGUCAAGGAGGCAUUCGACCUUAUCUCGGCAUACUGGAAGGCGACCACCCCAGUCGAGCGUGUCAACAAGUACAUGUCUGAGCCAGAUAGGGAUGAGGAGUCCAACACCGCGGCCAGCAAGGACUUUGAGUUCUCCGGUGCAUCCUUCUCUCGGCCCUCUACGGAUCACUUGGUUCUUCGUGAUCUCACCCUCAAGUUCACCACGGGUCUACAUGUCAUCCGAGGAAAGGUCGGCUCCGGAAAGUCCAGCCUUCUCCUUGCCAUGCUCAACGAGAUGGAGCACCGGGGUGGCCAUUUCUCCAGGCCUGAUGAGCCAGUCGCAUACGCACAGCAGCUUCCUUGGCUUCAGAACAAGACCAUCCGUGAGAACAUCCUCUUCCACCAGGGAUAUGAUCCGGUCCGAUAUCGCGAGGUGCUCAAUGCCUGUGCCUUGGUUCCCGAUCUUGCUAUUUUCCCCAAGGGAGAUCAGACCAAGCUGGAGGAGGGAGGCAUCGGUCUUUCUGGCGGUCAAAAGGCACGCGUUGCCCUCGCCCGGGCAGUUUACAGCCAAUGCCGCAUUCUCCUUCUCGACGACCCCCUCGCCCCCCUGGAUCACGAUACUGCUGCCACCAUUGUUAAGCGCUUCCUCUGUGGUCCUUUGGCAGAAGGCCGGACUAUCGUCAUGGUUACGCACCGUGAUGACCUGGUUCUUCGACAUUCGGAUCAAGUUAUUGAUAUUGCCGAUGGUCGUGCGCACGUCUUGUCUCUGCUCGAGCUACAGUCUGAACUCGCCCACCCUCGUCACUCCGACUCCGGACACGUCGGCGCUCAAACCCAUGAGACAAUCCAGGAUGACCAGCCAGGUGACAUUGCAGGGACAAAGGAGGCCCCAGAGGAGCCAUCUGAGACUGGCGGGGUUCCUCUGUCGAUCUUUGUCAGGUACAUGACGGCUGGCGGAUGGCAUCUCUGGAUCUUCUUGGCUAUUUUCUAUGGCCUAUCUCGAUACUGCGACAUCGCCCGAGCCCGCCUCCUCGAGGCAUGGGGCAACGAAUCCGCCAACACCUCCGAGAUCAUGAUCAGCAGUUACUGGGGCCUUCCCAACCCUAGCCAGCAACCCAAGCCGUGGAUUUAUGUCUUAGCCGGACUCUCUGGUGCGCAAAUUGUAUCAUACGGCAUCGCCCAGCUCCUCCUAGCCCGCAUCAGCAUCAACGCUGCGCGUGGCCUGUUCAGGAUCGCUAUCGAGAAGGUUAGCAAAGCUUCGUUCCGCUACCACGACAUCACUCCGACGAGUCAGCUGAAGAACCGCCUGAUUGCUGAUAUGGGCAUGGUUGAUGGCGGCAUUCUGUCUCCUCUGGAGUCCUUCGUGUACAACCUGAUUGCCCUGAUCCUUAGUCUGGUCGCCAUUAUGACUCACCAGCCAUCACUGAUCAUCAUCCUUAUCUGCGUCGCAUUGCUCUUUGUAUACUUUUUCCGACUUUACGUGCCAGUCUCCCGGUGUCUGCGCCGCAUGGAGAUGAGAUACUUGACCCCAAUCAUCGCCAACAUCGGCGUCAUGCAAGACGGCCUCGUGACCAUCCGCGCGUUGCGGGUCGAGGGUCACUUCCAAGACAGACACUUGGACGCCGUGGAUGACUUUCAGAAACAGGAUCACUUCUUCUGGAGCAUGGCGUUUUGGCUGGACUUCAGACUAGGCACUUCUUCAGCCUGUAUGCGCGCCAUCUUGAUCCUGUUCAUGGUGUGGUACGGCACACCCGCGAGUGCAGUUGGUUUCGUCUUGACUCAGACUACUGUUGCGAUGAGCGCUGUUCAGCAGCUCUGCGAAAGGUUCGCAUCCCUGCAGCUCGACGCGGUUUCGUUGGAACGUGUCAAUGCCCUGAACCGAAUUCCUGAGGAACCAACUGGCGAUAUCGAGCCACCUGAGGACUGGCCACGGCCAUGCGACAGUGUUUGUUUCAAUGCCAUGUCGUUCAAGUACGCUGAUGACCUCCCCUCUGUUCUUGACAAGGUCUCCUUUGAGAUUCCUGGUGGUUCCACAUGCGCUGUCUUGGGUCGCACCGGAUCCGGCAAGUCGACGAUUGCCAACGCCCUCCUAGCGACUCAAGCACCCUGCGACGGUCAAGUCACCAUUGGAAGCAUUGAUCUGUCUCAAGUAAACCGCACAGCCCUGCGAAACCGAGUCACCUUUAUUCAGCAAGAUCCAACGCUGUUCCCUGGAACCUUGCGUGACAACAUUGACCCGGAAGGCAAGUUCACCGACAUCGAAUGUAACAACGCCAUCCAUCGUGUCCUUGGUGAAGAAUGGGGUCUUUACUCGCAAAUUGACGCCGGCGGCAAGAAUCUCAGCCAAGGACAACGACAACUCGUGGGCAUCGGCCGGGCGGUCCUACGGAGGAGCGGGUUGGUCAUCCUGGAUGAAGCUACGGCGUCCAUCGACCGCGCGACCGCUGCCAGAGUACAGCGUAUCUUGAGAGAGGAGUUGUCCAAGAGUACAGUCAUCACAAUUGCCCACCGCCUUGAGGCGGUGGAGGAUGCAAAUUGGUGUCUGAGAUUAGACCACGGCAAGGUUGUUGAAUGCGGCCCGGCGCGACAUCUUGGGGGAUCACAGAGUGAGUCUCAAGGAUACAAUCGGAGUUCCUGAGAGAUAAAGGUUUGGAGGUUUGUGAACUAAGCUGUCCAUAACAACACAAGUCUCAAUUCGUGAGCGGUAGAAUGGAAAAGAGUCCUAGAUUUUGGAUAGAAAUGUUUUAGAUUGCAAGUAGGAUAAAAGUUAAUGUUUGUUUCUAUAUAAUAUGUCUUGCUGAGAAGAA